AUGUCGGAUGAUAAAGUUGGAACUUUGACUGACGAAGCAGUAAAAAGAAAGCAAAGGUUAGCUGAAUUAAAGAAAAAAAAUGAAGAAAAAAACAGUGAAAAUUCGAAUGAAUUUGGUAAUUUACCCAAGCCUAAAUUUCGAAGUUACAAACCUCAGGAUGAAAGUUUAAAAGAAAAUGUCCUGGAGGAGGCUAAACCUGGUAACGUUGAAUCAGAAGUUCAAGAUUUAUUAUCUGCAGCUCACUCUAAAGUUGUUUUUGAAGAGCUUGAUUUAACAAGCUUGGCUCCUCGCAAACCAGAUUGGGAUUUGAAACGUGACGUGUCGAAAAAAUUAGAAAAACUAGAACGGCGAACGCAAAAAGCCGUCAUUGAGUUGAUCAUUGCGCGUGUAAAAGAAGACAAAAGGACGAAUUUAGCAGAGUCUGUAAGCGCAGUAGGACAAAUGUGA